AAAAAUCAAUGGCCGCCUAGAAAACCGCGUCCUUCCUUGCCAUUUUGUUUUCGUGAAUAAUUCACGUUAUUCAAUAUAAAUAACACCCUAAACCGGACCGCGCAAGUGUCUAUCGCUACCAAUCGCAGAAUCUCUUCUUUGCUAGUGUAAUUUCGCCUUUUAUUUCUACAAAUUGAGGGCACACGUCAGUAUAGACUCGUAACCUACAUUUCUGAUUGCAUUUUCAAGUGAAUAUGGUAAGAGGUGCAGGUCGUGGCGGCCGCGGAAUGCCGGGCCGAGGUGGUAUGGGGCGCCCGCCCUUCAGCAGGCCUCGCGUUCUCAUGCUGCGGCCGCCUUUCGAUCUUAUUUUGGCCGAGCCGGCAUUUCCCCGUUGCAAGCCCGCUCCGGACGAUUCAGCGCUAACUCAGGCUCUACUAAAAAGACACACUGAGCUCUGUCCUACCCCUGCGGAGCAAUCGGCAGUGCUGACUCUCGUUACUAAGCUACAGACCGUGCUGGACAACUUGGUUGUUGCGCCUGGUGAUUUUGCAGCAUGUCAACUAGAGGAGGUCCGUCAGGUGGGGUCCUAUAAGAAGGGCACAAUGAUGGCGGGCAAGAAUGUAGCAGAUAUUGUUGUCAUAAUGAAGACGCUGCCUACUAAGGAAUCUGUUGAGGGCUUGUCUAAUAAGGUGAAUGAAGAAGUUAUAAAACUAAUGCGCGCUGAAGGCACCGGCAUAGUCGUGUGCGCCUGCCAUGAGCGAGGGUUCACGGUCACGGCGGCCGCGGCUGCCGUCCGGGUCUUGGUCACUACACUGCACCAGAAUCUGAGGAAGCUUGAGCCGGAGGUGCAUCUGGACUAUAAACUGAUAAGCAGCCACCUGGCAGCGAUCCGCCACAGCCGCUGGUUUGAGGAGAAUGCUCACCAUUCUUCUAUUAAGGUUCUUAUCCGUCUAUUACGCGAUAUGUGCGCGCGUCACUCGGGACUUGAACCCCUCACCCCCUGGAUGAUAGACCUGCUAGCUCACCACUGCAUCAUGAAUAACCCUGCCAGGCAGGCAUUGCCUAUUAACGUCGCUUUCAGGCGCGCGCUGGCGCUGGUGGCGUCGGGGCUGUUCCUGCCGGGCAGCGCGGGGCUGGCCGACCCCUGCGAGGCGGCGCACGCGCGCGCGCACACCGCGCUGGACCUCGCCGCGCAGGACGCCGCGGCCGCCACGGCGCAGACCCUACUCCGCGUGGUUGCCCGCGGUGGUCACCGCUACGUCCUUGGUCUUCAGUCUUUCGAAGGUGGGAAAGACAUUUCCACGGAAAUCACAGUAUGGGACGGCGUGGUCGUCUCGCCCCUCGCUCCUGCGUACCAGGACACCCCAGAGCCCAUGGACACUGACGACAAAGAUGAUGAAGCUCAAGACGGUGUUGCCGCCUAAUAGAAUAAUUCACAAAUGGCCACACUCUAAUUCAUAUGAACGGUGAAUAAUCCACUACAAUUCUGUAUCUUCUGUCUAUAUCACUAUUCGUAGUGAACCAAGCGGGUACGGUGAUUCGCUGUUAAUUUUCAAUGCUUUCAAUUGAAUUUCUGUGUUGAGCCAUUAUGUGAGCUUACGUCCAUCAAAUGCGUCAAAGAUUUAUUCCAAAUGGACUAUUUUUAAGA